GCUGUUCCCGGUCCUCGCUACUCACGCCUCACCAACCAAGCCUCUUCUCACUAGAGCUUCCUCUCUCAAACUCUCCAAUGGCCGCAUCUUCGCUUCUUCAAUCUCCAUAUCUCGCCUCUAAAACCAGAACCACACCCUCUCGCUAUGUUAAACCCACUCCUCAUUUCCUCUCCAUCAAAGCCUCCACCUUUGAUAAUCCUUCUAAAUCUACAGCUCCAUCUCCAACCACCAGCGCCCCCACUACCUACAAAGGUUGCAACAUCCGCGAAGAGGCCCGCCGCCACAGCCUUACUCACCCACAACCCGACAACAACUUCUCCGCCAAAUACGUCCCCUUCAAUGCCGGACCCACUUGCUCAGAAUCAUACUCCCUUGAUGAGAUCGUUUACCGUUCUCAGUCCGGUGGCCUCCUCGACGUUCAACAUGACAUCUCCGCCCUCAAGGCCUUCCCGGGUUCUUACUGGCGUGCACUCUUCGAUUCCCGGGUUGGGAAGACCACUUGGCCGUACGGAUCCGGAGUUUGGUCUAAGAAGGAGUGGGUUUUGCCUGAGAUAUCUAGCGAUGAUAUUGUUAGCGCCUUUGAAGGGAACUCGAAUCUGUUUUGGGCGGAGAGAUAUGGGAAGCAGUUUUUGAACAUGAACGAUUUGUGGGUCAAGCAUUGUGGGAUCAGCCAUACUGGGAGCUUUAAAGAUUUGGGUAUGACGGUACUGGUCAGCCAAGUGAACAGGUUGCGAAAAAUGAACAAACCAGUGGUUGGAGUUGGCUGCGCUUCCACUGGUGACACCUCCGCCGCACUAUCUGCUUACUGUGCUUCUGCGGGUAUUCCUUCUAUUGUUUUUCUACCAGCAAAUAAGAUUUCCAUGGCCCAACUAGUGCAGCCCAUUGCCAAUGGGGCUUUUGUUUUGAGUAUUGAUACUGAUUUUGAUGGGUGCAUGCAGUUAAUAAGGGAGGUUACUGCUGAGUUGCCUAUUUAUUUAGCAAAUUCACUUAAUAGUUUGAGGCUGGAGGGUCAGAAAACUGCUGCAAUUGAGAUUUUACAGCAGUUUGAUUGGGAAGUGCCUGAGUGGGUUAUUGUUCCAGGAGGUAAUUUGGGUAAUAUAUAUGCCUUUUAUAAAGGGUUUCAUAUGUGUAAAGAGUUGGGGCUUGUGGAUAGGAUUCCUAGGCUAGUUUGUGCACAAGCUGCAAAUGCAAAUCCCCUGUAUUUGUAUUAUAAGUCAGGAUGGAAAGAGUUUAAACCUGUUAAAGCAAAUAGCACAUUUGCAUCAGCUAUUCAGAUUGGUGAUCCCGUUUCAAUUGACAGAGCUGUUUAUGCAUUACAAAAUUCAAAUGGGAUUGUUGAGGAGGCUACUGAGGAGGAGCUAAUGGAUGCAAUGGCGCAAGCAGAUUCUACUGGGAUGUUUAUAUGUCCACAUACAGGGGUGGCAUUGACAGCAUUGAUUAAGCUCAGGAAUAGUGGGGUUAUAGGGCCUACUGAUCGGACAGUGGUUGUGAGUACUGCUCAUGGGUUAAAGUUUACUCAGAGUAAGAUUGAUUAUCACUCUAGUGAUAUUAAGGAUAUGGCUUGUAGGAUUGCUAAUCCACCUGUGAGUGUUAAGGCUGAUUUUGGGUCAGUUAUGGAUGUUUUGAGGAAGUAUUUGUUGAGUAAAGAAUCGAAAUAUUAGGUUGAUCAUUGUUAGUUUUGCUUAUGCAGCUCUAGCUCUAGCUCAUUGUUGUUUCUGUAUGGUCACUGUUGUUGUCAUUUAAGGAUUUUUGUUAUUGGUGGUUCUAGAUAGGAUGUCAAUUUCUCUUUUUUAAUAGUUUUUAAAGAAGAGAAACCAUAUGGUCAGGUAGCCAUUUUUGGAUGGGUCCUCAUCAUUUGGACUUAAUAAAAUUUUCUUUUUAGCUCGAAA